AUGUCCAACAAAGAGAAUGCUGCACCUGUCGGCCCUCCUAUCUCUCCGUUUGCUACCUCACCCCAUCGCCCGUCGGAAUUUUGGUUGAAGAACCCAGCUUGGAUCGAUGGUGCCAUUGACCCUCCUCACUUCUAUCAUAGCCACGAGGAAAUUGAAGCUGCUCUACGCGCAGCAGGUGUUUCUUCGAAUGCAUACGUGGAUCAACAAGCUGCGCUUUCAACACCCACCCCGAACCAUUAUGCAAACAUCAAGUCAUGUGGCCAGGCUCUUGGGGAAGGAAGAGAUGUCGUCAACCUCACAAGCAGCGCUAGCCCCGGCCAUCUCAUAUCAGUUGGAAUGGUCUACUCCCUCGUGGCGGCACCUGGUCCUGGUGGGCGUGCCUCAAAGGGACUUGUGAAGCAGAAGCCGAAGAUGAAGAUGACCAAGCUUGUCCUCGAUAAAAUCACUCACGCAGACUUCAUCAAAGCCUUCCUCGCUACUCACAAUUUGUCUGACAAGUACAGCCCCGGGGUCCACUCUGGACCUGACUUCAAAUUGUGGUGGUCGGGCUCGCCUGGUGCCAAAUCCGGGGCAGCAACUAUCCAGACGGACAACGAGUUCCAUGUUGCACUAGAACAUCUCCUCUCCAAACCUAAGGGCAAAUGCAUGGUAUCAGUUGAGUUUGACCUCGAUAAUAUGAUGGGGUUCCGCAUCCAGCAACCACUCCCCUCGGCCGCGGCGAACCCUAACACCGAGACUACGGAUGGGGAGCUUGUAUAUGGAACCAAGGUUCCUCAACUCGGUGGAUUUAGCGAGGUGACGCAGCUGCAUGGAUCCAUCAUCAUGGAGUUGAAGGCAACAUGGCCUUGUUCAACGCACCUCAAUGAACAUGGCGGCGCCGGCUUCUGUUAUGUCACAAACACAUCCGAGCAUGUCCUACUGAAUGCCAGGAGGUUGAAGGCAUGGGCAGCCGCUAUCGCUGCACAUGUUGCAACAAAACUUGUUCCCCCCAACAUUUCCGAGUUCGAUGGUAGUCGUGAUGGACGUCUACCUGGACCUAGGCCUCGAGGCUGUGCAGGGCCAGGGCUAUCCGCUGCCACUCCUAAUCAGCAACUUGGCGAUGUGAUGCAAAUCAUAUCGGGGCUGCUUCCUCUCCUUGGGGGGAUGUCUCGAAAGCGUGCACGCUCUGAGUCAUCAUCUCCCAUACGCCGCAACCCUGUCACUCCUGUUCGCAAGGCACCCAUGUCCCCUCCCCUUUCUCCCAUCCCCACGGCCAACUCUGAGCUUCGAUCUUGCCUCAGUGACUUUGCUGAGGCCAAAGGCAUUGAUCUGACUGCGUGUGAAGAAGCUCUGACCGCCCUUGAUCUCACCCCGGAUAUCAUCCCUGAUGUACCUGUCCAACGUCUAUGUGAUAUUACUCAUGCGACGGAAGGCCAGAUCCUCAAACUCCAUGUCUUUUGCCGCAGGUGGAAUGCUCGUCUUGAGGAGAAGAAGGAAAAGCGGCGCCGCAUUGAUCUUUGA